GUCUCCUAGCAACAAGCUGAGGUGGCCCUGGAGGAGCUGGCGCUAGGUUGAUUCCUGUGAAGAACCUCCUAAAUUUACAUCAAAAAGGCAGAAUGGAGAUAUCAAUGCCCCCACCUCAGAUAUAUGUAGAGAAAACUCUGGCUAUUAUCAAACCAGAUAUUAUUGACAAAGAGGAGGAAAUACAAGAUAUUAUUCUCAGAUCUGGAUUCACCAUUGUUCAGAGAAGAAAACUACAUCUCAGCCCUGAGCACUGUAGUAACUUUUAUGUGGAACAGUAUGGGAAAAUGUUUUUCCCCAAUUUAACAGCUUACAUGAGUUCUGGACCACUUGUUGCCAUGAUAUUAGCUAGACAUAAUGCCAUCUCUUACUGGAAAGAGCUUUUGGGACCAAGUAAUACCUUUGUAGCUAAGGAGACACACCCAGACAGUCUGAGAGCAAUUUAUGGCACAGAUGACCUAAGGAAUGCACUUCAUGGGAGUAAUGACUUUGCUGCGGCAGAAAGAGAAAUUCGAUUCAUGUUUCCUGAAGUGAUUAUUGAGCCCAUUCCAGUUGGACAAGCUGCUAGCGACUAUUUAAAUUUAUAUAUAACACCAACUCUUCUUAAGGGACUCACAGCCCUUUGUAAGGAGAAACCAGCAGAUCCUUUUAUUUGGCUAGCUGAUUGGCUGCUGAAAAAUAAUCCCAACAAACCAAAGCUUUGUCAUAACCCGCUUGCAGAAGAACCUUAGUAAAAUAAAGUUCCUCGAAGAACAAAUCACUAUCUUACUGUAAAAAACAUGCUUCUACUUUAAAAGAAACAAACCUUCCUAAGGGUUUAAGUAACUGCAUGUGAAAUAAAUUGUCUGUAAAAAUAUAAGUUUUAAAAGAA